CAUGUGAGCCGGAGAGACCACACUGCAUGACACAUGGGCUGCUUCCUUUUCCAGUGGUAACUGGUCAAGAACCAGGCAAGCAGCAUCUAAACAAGAGCUGCUUUCUCCUGGUCUCUGCUCAGCUCUUCCAGCUGUUCUGUUCCAUCCAUCUUUGGAACUGUCUAGGAAAACGAGGCUGUCAGGGCAAAAACAAAACAAAACAGGGGGGCAUUUCUGAAUGCAUAAAGGAUGAUUUCCCAUAACAGUACAACAUCUCCUCCACCCGCAAAUAUUGGAAGGUCUCCAGCGGGAGAUGAUAUUGCAGUUAUUGGAGGUGUCAUCGCUGCUGUGGCUUUUGUCUUGAUUUGUCUCUUGGUCGUGAUGCUACGAUACAUGUACCGGCACAAGGGCACUUACCACACCAAUGAAGCAAAGGGAACCGAAUUUGCCGAAAGCGCAGAUGCUGCUUUGAAAAAUGACCCUACCCUUCAAGAAGCCAUGGAUGAGAGCCGGAAAGAAUAUUUCAUCUGAGAGCAAAGGCAGCCCCACUGAGACACACUUAGUAAGUCUCUCCUUCUCAAGGGGAUCGAUCAGAGGCACGACAUCAAAAAGCACCAGGAUAUGAAGAGAGCGCAGAGGAAAACAAGGGGACUAAUUGAAACGUUGCUGCUUGCCUCCCCCCCCCCCCCCCAAGAAGAACUAAACACCAGAACCAUGGCUAUUUAUUUGAUUUGAUUAGGAGAAACAAAACAAGAAAAAAAUGGGGAUGAGUGAUUAGCCGAUAGCAGAGCAUAACACCAAAUAUCAAACCUUGACAUUUGGCAAAAAAUAGCAAGUGACAAUGGAAAACAUCCUCAUAGAUUCAUUGCUCCAUGCCACACAGUUUCCGUAUCUGAAAAGGCAAUUUAAGUAGCAGCAAAACAAACGUAAUGCCGAACACUGGCAGAAAACCUACUUUUUAGCCCAUGUAUUUUGUUUUCUUAAACAUGUAUAAACUUUUUCACUGCGAAAAAAAUAUAUAUAUAGAAAUCCCAUCCCCCCCCCCCCCAAAAAAAAAAAAUAACCCAACAUCCAGAACCUUGCUGGAAAACAUUAUGGGAAAAUACUGGCAAAAAGUUUGUUUGUUUUUAAGGACUGCUCGAUGUAUGUUGUAGGGAUGUCAGAUUCUUCUCCAUUGGUUUGAUUAGGACUUCCUUGGAUUUGUUGCUUUUUAAAGCCGUAUUAUCAGCUGCCCUGGAGUGUAUACCAUUUUCUAAAGCUCUUCUCAUGUUGUGUAACUGCUUGUGUGUCUGUCUUCAGCUGUUUAAACCUCAGGGUGGUUUUACAACCACAGCGCUUGUUGAAGUGGUGCUUCUGCAGCUCAGCAUGACUUGCAUAAGGGAAAGCCAUUGAAAUGAUCAGAAAUCCCAUCAUUCAUACCUACAUAGAAUCAUCUGCCCUGUUAACCCUGUACCAUUCCUCCCUCUUCAACUGAAAGAAGAGCAAGGUCUAAGUGCAGUGUGGACUCAGCCUUAAAUCCUAUCUAAACAAAACCAGUCCGCGCAGGCUUCAAUGAUGCAUAGACUCUCUUCGAAGUCUGAGUCGGCACUGAAAAUACAACCCAGGCCUGAGCAUCUUCUGACCCAUGGAAUCAAACUUAGUCCACUAGUCGUGCAUUGUGGCCUGCCAUGUGCAUGACCUAUCCUUACAUGGGCAGGCAGUAAACGCAGGAGUUUAUCCAGUUCGUACUGAGCCAUCCUAGGUGGUCACAAAUUGGGUAGGGUUGUGCCAUUGCAUUGGAGGCCAUUUCUAUAUGUCACUCUCCAUGCCAUAACAUUCAACAGCAAGCAUGGAUUUUUAGAUUAUUAUUUCCAAUUUCAAAAAAAGUCUUAAAAACACCAUAAGAUAUAUUUGAACAAUAAUGCAAAAAAGCCAAUAAUAAAACCAAUAGGUGUCUAACAGAGCACUGGAAAUUAUUAGCAACAUUCAAAUAAAAAUAACAAGACUGGCAGAUGAUCCAACAAGAAAUUUCUAGGAUCUUGGGAUAUGAAUUCAAGAAAGCUGCAGAGACUUUUCUGUUGGGAUUACAAAUGGAAAAA